AUGGAUGUGAAAAGAGAGCGCUCCAAAAGCUUCAGCAAUAAGAAUGAGAUUUUUUAUAUUGGAGACCAAUUAAGGACACGAAUUAACUUUUCGAAUUUACUGAAAGACAGAAAAUAUCACUUCAAAACGUAUAAAAAUUGUUUUGUUGGUAAGGAAGUUGUAUCCUGGCUAGUAGACUGUAAACUGUGUGAUACCCGAUCUGCAGCAGUUACAGCACUGAGAACUCUACAAGACCAUUAUAUUCUCCACCACGUUUGUGAUGACCAUCUAUUCAAGGACGACAUGUUAUUCUACAGAUUUAGAAUUGAUGAUGGGACACAUAAAAUGGAUAUGGAUCUCAAAAUGUUUUAUAAAGGCCAACAAAUCUAUAGACUAGCUACAGCUAAAAAGAAAGGCAUAAUCCGUGAUUAUCAGUUAAAUUCUCAAGUAUACAAAGAGGCUUUUAUUGGGUCUGCUUUUGUUGACUGGUUAAGCAAUCAAGAACAUAUUAGUACUGAAGACGCAGUAGAUUUAGGCAGAAAGUUACUGGACUAUAAUAUCAUAAAGCAUGUUACAGACGACCACCAUUUUAAACAUGACAACUGUUUACUUUAUCAGUUUGAAUUUGACUUUGAUCAGAAGUUUACUUUUCACAAUGUGUUUAAGUUUUCUAUGCGGACACAUUCCCGGAACUUUUCGGAUUCGUCAAUUAUUGUGAAAGACUAUGACCGAAAAAGAUCGUCCAGUAGUGAAAAAUCUCAUUUAUCGGUUGAUUCUCAUGACGAAUUUGACCCAAGCAGAAGAUUCUCAGAUUCGUACACAUGUUCCAUCCAUGACAAAAUUAGUGUAACGUCGUCAGAUAAUGAAAGUUUUGACGGUACAGAAUCAAUUGAUGGUGACAGUUCAUUAAUAUCGCCAAAGUCAGUUUUGCUGAGACAUGCAACAGUAGCUGAGUUAGUGUCUCCGGAAACCCCAUAUAUCAAAAGAUCAUUGAGAAUCACAAGUGACUCUGUUGGCUAUGGAUUCGUUGUUAGAGGUGAUGGUCCGACUUACGUCCAGACCAUUGAUCCAUUGGGGCCUGCGGCAGCUGCAGGACUUAAGGUACGCCAGUAUAUCCACUCGGUGAAUGGAAUAAAUGUCUUGAAGUUCAAUCACAAACAAGUUGCCAAAAUGAUUAUGGACGUAGAUCAAUAUCUUACUAUUUGUAUUAUGGUACAUAAAAGAGAUGCAGUUUUUACCGACAUCGAUUCAUUAAAAACUACUUAGACAUAAAUAUUAUAUCGUAGUGAUUUCAAGAAAUAAUUUUACGUUUUGAAGUUUCUACAUCAAUUUGAGCCAAUCAAAUAUUAGAGAUAUUAACAUUAUAAUAUUUCCUGAAUACUAUUGGGUCGGUACUUAUACUAUUGAAUACUACAAGAUUGUUAUACUUUUGUGUGUUGCCUUAUUAUGAUACUGGGACCUACUGUUAUUGAAAUACCCCCUUCCUUUAAAAUAACAACAAACAAAUUAAAACAGGCAGGCAAGUUGGUGCAUUACUUCUUUCAUAAAGUAGUAAUACAUUUACGUUUGAUGCCAGUUUUUAGUGCUACCUCACGGGGACAGAGUUUGUCCUCCUGCGAGAGCAUAAUCUAUUGCCGGUGAUUUGGUCCUGACCGGGGGUUGGUUUGUUUAAUUUGUUUCAGAAACUAACGGCAUUAAAACAAUCAUUAUGUUGAUAACUUUUUCAUCAAUGUAUAACACUUACUUCGCGAACUAUUUUACAUCGAUUUUUUAUUUCAAACGUCUUGAAAAUUCGCAAAACGAAAUUUUCCUGAUUAUGUGUUGGUGAUAAGAAAAUGUCCCGGUUCUGUGCGAUAAAGUGGCAAAUAUGCAAGACCAUACAUGCCAAAAAUUAAUGUAAUUGAUACAAAAAGAAAACUAGCAUACAUAUUUCAGAUAAGCAAAUCUAAGUAUAUUUUGUUCAUUUUCGAUUUUUCGAUUAAGAAAAUGUGUGUAUAUAAUUGGCAGGUUUAUUUCAUAAACAUGAUCAAAUGCGUAUAAGGACCGUCUUCUUUUCUAUUUGAUUUUAGAAUUUUUUUUCUAAUCAUAAUUCUUAUAGUUCAUAUGAUAAGAAACAUUGUGACAUCAUAUAGUCCAUCGUUUUGCUUGCAAAUAAAGCUUUAUAUAAAUAAACACCCCUGAUUAAUCGAACUACAAUAACUAAAAUGCACUUAAAAGUUAUGUUCGAUACGGAAUUACUGAGUAACUGUAGAAAUAGUUUCCGUUUAUCGAUCAGUAAGAGUCCAACAGCUAAACUAUACCCAAAUGUUUGGUAAUCUUCUUUACUUUCGUGUGUCCGUCUGUCCUGUGAAAUUGUCGUAUAUUUCUAAAGAUUUACAAACCAGAGCUGAAUGAAAUUUUGUAAUAAGCUAUAUGCGAGCAUGCUAUACCAUGUGAGGCAUUUCACAUACAGUGCUCAUCGCCUUUCUGUUCACAGAAAGGUGCGUUUUCAAUGUACACGAUACGAUUUCUAUCCGGAUGGUGGUUUUCCAUUCGAUUCAACGACGUCUUCAAAUAAAUCGAAAGGCGAUUUGUAUUCCAUCUGAUUUUCAAACGACUUUUGCAGGUGCUUUAGCAAAGACCUUUAAGGCAGUUUCACUUCGAAUAUAUAUUUUAUAUCCAUACAGGAAAUGAACUCCUUUAUUUAUUCGAUCAACUCGACUUCAAAAAUGCUCUUGGAAAGGGUAGUAAAUAUUGAGUCAAAUAAAGUAAGAACAAGUUCUAUAAUAUUUGAAAUAAAAAUUGACUAUUUUAACGAAUUAUAGGAGUGUGCAAAACCUAACUUAUUUCGUUCCUUGAACCAUAUUUAUUUUCCACUAAAUAUAUUUCAGUCCCGGGAAAUCUUUGUUUGUUCUCUGACGAUAGACUCACUUUUACGUUCUUCUAAAUAAUUGUUUUGUUCCAGAUACAUAUUAUUUGUCAUUUUCUCAAAUAAAACAUUUGUUAAAUCAA